AUGUCACCGACCAGCCUCGACCCGAACCUCUUCCCUCACCUCUUCGACGGUAUCAUCGCACAUCUUCACAACGAUGGAGACGAGAGGUCUCUAGCAACGCUUCGAGCAUCUAGCUCUCUUGUGCGGGAUCUCGUGGACCGUCAACUUGCUGUCCACAUGGCCGUCGUUGAUGGACGCAUGGAAACGCAUUUGCUUGCACUCUGGAAGGACGAAUGGAAGGAUGGUAAUCCCAUGACGCGGGUCGUCGACUUCUACGACAAGCGCAUCAACGACAGUCCAGAGGCAGGAUCACCUGUCCGUUUUCUGAAGGGCUCGCACCCCGCCAUUCUACGCGAAGUCGGCUACGCUUUCGCCACCCACUUCCGCAAGCAUCCUUGCAACAAAUUCACGUUUAUCAGCAUGUUUGAUUUCUCAAAGGGGAGACCCAUAACGGACGACGACACGUUCGACCUUGCGGCAAAAUGUCUCUCUUUUGAGGCGCACGCUGACCAUAGCAUCGCGUCCGCCGUUUAUCACCACGGGUACGGUCUGCAGCAUGAAGUUUCGGUAGAGGUGGAUCCAGGCCAUACGGACGAUUCCCGGCCUCUGUCUACGACGGUCAUGUUCGCUCCAAACUCGUCCUUCCGCAAGUCCGAAUAUCCUCCAGCAGUUCCGAUUGUAUACGCUCCCCGUCACAGAACAGGGCAGCUAAAUGAGCUGAUUGAUUGCAUCGUCGAGCUGCUCUGGCAGAAAGGCGCGCCAACCGUGCAGAUCGUUGGUGCCGAGUUCUGGGAAGAAACUUGGUGGGAUUUCAACAUGUUCCAGCCACCUCUUGAUGGGCUUCCGGAGGCACUGUCCAAGGACACGGAGAGAGAGAGAGUCCUCGCUGUCUGGAAGUUGGUGUUUGACGACAAAGUUGCCCGUCUGCGGCAGUUUAGCAUCAAGGAGCGUUUGGUAGACGCAGAGAGCCGCGUCACGUUCAUUUCUCUUCCUGUGUUCAGAGAGCAGAUCGGGGAGUACAUGUUUGGGCUGUGUACUGAGUGCGACUUUGAGGAUGAUUCGGACGAAGGGGAGCAGUCAGGAAUCCGGUCGGAAGGCGAGUUCUGA